GUGAGAUGGAUCAAAGCUUUCUUAAGCUGGAAAAACCACAAUUUGAUUUGCCAGCACGACAAGUCAAGGUGUUCGAAGAAGUGAUAGAAAUUUUCGAAAUCAACUGCUGCGAGAUGCAUAAAGAACAACGUCAAAAAUAUGCUCAAAGUGCACGAAGUGUGCUGAGAUUUCUCAAGUUUCAGUGGAACGCGAAACAAAGUGUCAGGAUGAAUAAAGUACCACUACAUUUGCACAAUAACGUCAUCUAUCAUCAAUUUGCCCUGGUUUUGGCACAAUGGUGCCAACGACUCUCGCUUAUUCAAGAAUGUUUCGAAGCUAUCCAUGGCUACGAGCUUCUCUCAAUGAAAAUGCCACCUGGAAGUCAUGAAGUAUCACGUAGGCAAUUAAAAAUGCACUUCAAGACAGCAAUCAUCGCUUACAUGGAGCUCUCGUCAUUUGAUCAUCGUCUUCAGCCAUUAACCCCAACCUUCUUGUUCUUUAUGGGUCACAUCAUUGAGAAGUGCCGAAAUCAUCCAAACCCAGCUGUAUAUCAUAUGGUAUCCCUCUUCAUUGAGUUCACAAUUCGUGAUGCGAACAUUCAACGGUCAGCAUAACCGAUUCGAUGCUUCAGAUUCCGAUUUUGCGAACUGCAUUAUUAUCAAAACUGCUUCUUUUUUUGUUUCCAUUCCGAUUCAUAAAAUUUUUAAAAUUU